GCUCAGCCUUCAGCACGAGACACUGGGCGCGAGCGGCGCGGAGGCUUUUGUCCGCCUCAGAGAACAUGAGCGCGCGGGGAAAGUUUCCCUCAGUACCGGCGCUUCAUCGACGCUUUUUCCCUCUUUAACUGUGUUUGUAACCAGCUGGACACCAUGACUGGGACACCGAAGCGCUUCUCUGAGGGUGAGCGGCGUGAGGGACAUGACGGCCAACAAGAACUCAAAGGCCACGCCCAAAGCAGGAGGGGCUAAAAACCCUCAGGAGAUUCCUGACAGGUGCCAGUCUGCGUCCCCGCCUCCUAUUCUUUCUGGUGUAAAGGAACCGUGUCACGCUCAGUUCAGCGAGACAGAAGACGCCAGUCAGCAGAGCAGAUACGCCAGAGCUGACACAAGAAUCCAGUCUCAGAGGAACUGGAGUCAGAAAACGGCUAGCCUGCGCAGCAGCUCCACGCUUUCCACCGAGUCCCAGAGUAGACUCACCAAGGCCAAGAGCAUCGGCUGUCUGGAGAAGAAGCUCAGCAUCUACAAGGCGUCCAGUGGAGAAGACCAAGAGCAGAAGGAGAACCAACUUACAGACGGAGCUCCUGGAGGAGAUUCCUCCUGUCCUGGAUCUGUCAGCUGGAGUACGCUGUCUUUAACCUCCUCCUCCUCCGCCAAAUACGGCCACAAGUGCACGCUGUCGCUCAGCCGGAACGGCACCGGGACCUCGUCUGUCACAAUCCGGAAGAAGAUCUCGGAAUGGGAAUGUCGGAACGUGACUCUUCCUAGAAUGAGUCUGUGCUUGGACAAGAGGCCUGGCGGUGGGAGUGAAGUCUGCCCCAGCCUCUUGUCCUCUCCUUGUAGCGACAAAGCCUUCGACUUCAAGUCCAUGCGCAGGAUGAGCACGGCGUUUUCCGAGUGUUCCUAUCCAGAGACCGAGGAAGAGGACGGAACCUCGGACCGAGAGUCUAGCGGACGCUUCCAGAAGAGAGAAGGACAGAAGACGUUCGUGCGCAGUCUUUAUCCUCGUAAAGAGACGUCGGCCGUGCUGAACCGGAUACAGAAGAUCGAGCAGGCGUUGAAAGAAAGUCCUUCUGCUCCUCCAAAGUAUCUGAGCAACUGUUACGGCUUGGACAAGUCACGGCAGAAGUCUUUCACCAUUUCAUCACGUCAUGAGGACUUGGACAGCACGUGUGACAGCAAGCGGAGCAGCAUCUGUUCUGUCGCCACGGAGCCAGACACUUACCACGGCUCAGAAAAACUCUCCAAGUUCAGACAGAGGUUCAGCGUGGCCUCCUUUAUGUCUGAGAGCCCAGAGCUCCCCUGCGCACAAGGCCCGCCCGGCCCGCCCGGCACUCCCGUCAACCCCCUACCCAAACCCAAGCGCACUUUUGAGUACGAUGCUAAUCGGAACCAUAAAGACUCUUCGCCUAGCAAUGGAAUACCUCCGAAUCCCGACACUCGCCUUCCUCCGGCCGCCGUUAAGACACCUGAGAGCUCAUUCAAGAGAACACCUGACAGAGAGUCGUGUGAGUCUGAAGAUGCGGUGAGCCUGCCCUCCUCUUACCCCUCCUCACCCACGGAAAACGGCACCGCGUCCACGGAGAACCACAGCCGCCCCAGCUCCAAAAGCACUCUGGAGGAAAACGCUUACGAGGACAUUACAGAGUCUAUGAAAGAGAAUCCGUACGAGGAUGUGGACCUGAAAGGGAGAGGUCUGGCCCGCAAGUCUCGCCUGUUACCCGAGAGGUCUAAUGACUCACUCAACAGGACGUGGACCUCCCAAGACAGGAAGUCCACUACACCUCCCCAGCUCCCGUCUAAGCCGAGCAGUCAGUCUCUGCGGCUCCUGGCCCAAGCUGACAGGAAGAGCCACCGCUUGUCUCGCUUGUCUAAGAGACACAGUCAUGAUGACAUGUUGCUGCUGCCCCAGCUGUCGUCUCCUUCCUGCGGCCUGCUGGACGACGGCCUGAGCAACGCCAGUGACACGCUGGCCUCCCGCAGACAGAGACGAGUCCCCAAGGUGGUGCAGAGAAUAAACUCUAUCUUCUGCACAAAACGAGGGAAGAAGAGACUGAAGAAGCUCUCGCUGUCCAAUAUAGAGACGGCGUCUCUGAGAGAUGAUAACAGUGAGAGUGAGAGUGACUCUGAUGACAGGUUCAAAGCUCACACUCAGAGACUCCUGAAGCUGCAGUCGAUACUCCGCCGUGCCCCGAGUUACCGCACGCUGGAGCUGCAGCUGAUCGAGUGGCAGGAGCGGGAGCUGUUUGAGUACUUCGUCGUGGUUUCUCUGAAGAAGAAGCCCACUAAGAACUCCUACACGCCAGAAGUCUCGUACCAGUUCCCCAAGCUCGAGAGGCCGACUAAACAGAUGCGAGAAGCCGAGCAGCGUCUCAAAGCCAUUCCACAGUUCUGCUUCCCCGACGCUAAAGACUGGAGCCCCGUGUUCGAGUACAGCAGUGAGACCUUCUCCUUCAUGCUGACGGGAGAAGACGGAAGUCGGCGUUUCGGAUACUGCAGGCGGCUCCUGCCGAGCGGGAAAGGGCAGCGUCUCCCGGAGGUGUAUUGUGUCAUCAGCAGGUUGGGAUGUUUCGACCUGUUCUCUAAGAUCCUGGAUGAAGUGGAGAGGAGGAGAGGAAUCUCGGCAGCUCUGGUCUACCCCUUCAUGCGGAGUCUGAUGGAAUCUCCGUUUCCGGCCCCCGGAAAAACCAUCAAAGUCAAAACCUUCCUGCCUGGUGCAGGCAACGAGGUGAUGGAGUUGAGGAGGCCGAUGGACUCGAGGUUGGAGCACGUGGAUUUUGAAAGCCUCUUCAGCUGCCUGAGUGUGAGACAAGUGGUGUGUGUGUUCGCCUCGCUGCUGCUGGAGCGCCGGGUCAUCUUCGUGGCCGAUAAGCUCAGCGUCCUGUCCAGCUGUGUACACGCCGUGGUGGCUCUGCUUUACCCGUUCUCCUGGCAGCACACCUUCAUCCCUGUGCUUCCCUCCUCCAUGGUGGACAUCGUGUGCUGCCCGACUCCGUUCCUGGUGGGAAUCCUGUCCAGCUCACUGCCCAAACUCAAGGAACUGCCAGUGGAGGAGGCUUUGAUGGUUCAUCUGGGAACAGAUCGCUUUAUCAGACAGCUGGACGACGAGGCUUCACUCCUUCCACGCAAGCUACAGGCCGCGCUGGAGCAGGCGCUCGAUCAGAGGAACCACCUCAUCGAUCAGGACUCGGACAGCGAGUCAGACGACGAGUGUAACACGUUGAACAGCGUGGUGUCCGAGGCCUUCAUCCGCUUCUUCCUGGAGACCAUCGGACACUAUUCGCUGUUCCUGACUCAAGGCGAGAGAGGCGAGCGCGUGUUCCAGCGUGAAGCCUUCCGCAAAUCCGUGGCCUCCAAAAGCAUCCGCCGCUUCCUGGGAGUCUUCAUGGAGUCUCAGAUGUUCGCUGGAUUUAUCCAGGACCGAGAGCUGAGGAAGAGCAGAGCUAAAGGUCUGUUUGAGCAGAGAGCUGAGCAGUACCUGGAGGAGUUACCUGACACCGAGCAGAGCGGAGUCAACAAGUUUCUCAAAGGACUAGGUAAUAAAAUGAAGUUUCUCCAUAAAAAGAAUUGAUCAUGUGGAACCCAAAAAACACUAAGGACGUCUUUCCAGCACUACAUUUGAAGACUUAACACAACUCAUAUAUCUGAAGACGUGACAGCUGAAUUGAGUCGUGCAGUUAAAUGUCUUGUAAAUAUUUAUGAAUUAUGAUGUAGCUGUGUUUAUUCCAUUUCCUGGUACUGUGUAUGUGACAGAAGGAUAAAGACAGAGUGGUACUGAUGGGUCUGUGAUGAUACUGGUACAGCACUACCACGGUGUGUGUGUGUGUGUGUGUGUGUGAGAGAGAGAGAGAGAUCCACUGAAUAAAGAGUGAAUAAAUGGAAACGAGUGUGAGGUGGCUGUACAGAGACUGUGUAGUAUUUAACGCCAAAGUGCAUUUUGUACAUGUAUUAACACUUGAAGAUUCCCGUACUUGUAAUUCUUUGUAAAAAAAAAAAAUUAAAAAAAAUUCAAUAAAGCCUUUCAGAUUA